GAGGCAGAUAGUUAUCACUGCCCACUGACAAAACAUAUGUCCAUAUUUUCGUCUUGCAAAUUUCUAAAGCAACAAUUUAAUUUAGUAUGAGUCUUUGUCUAUAUGUGGUCAUUUUUAAACAUGACAUAUGUUAGAAUACAAUUUUGCAAUUAAAAAUUUACACCACUCGUUGUACAUACUAAAUACACUAUAAAUUAUUGACUAACAAUUGUUUUGGAUUUUUAGAUCACCAUAAACAUCCAAUUCUAAAGAUGCCAUCAUACAUUUAAAUUUUUAAUUCCUAUUUAAAAUGUAAAUAAUUUGAAACGACUACUAAAUACUAUUUUAUGUGAUUACCAUUUAAUAUAACUGAAGUCUUGAUAUUGAUGUAUGUUUACUAAAAGUAUUAGGCCAUCAUCAGUUUUACACAAGUAAAAGUUAUGGCUAAGUGGUUAGAUUCAGGUGAUCUACUUCCUUAUGAUGACCAGGUUGGAGGUCAUAAAUUUACAAAAGAAAAACCAUUAUUAGGUUUGUUGAAACACAAAGAAGGUUAUAUACUAAAAUCAGUUGAAGGUGGUACCAAAGGAAAGAAUGAAGUAAGAUUUUAUGAAGAAUUAAAGAAUAAUGAAACCCUAAUAAACCUUAGAGAACUUGUUCCAUCAUAUUUUGGAACUGUUACUGUGAAAAUUAACUCAAAAGACAUGACAUUCAUAGUUUUAGAUGAUAUUACCAGUGGCAUGAAAAAACCAUGCGUUAUGGAUGUAAAAAUUGGCUUACAAACAUGGGAGCCAGGAUGUUCAGAAAAAAAGAAAAAGGAUGAGAAUGCUAAAUAUAAAGAAUGUAAAGAAGAAUGGAGUUUCUGUAUACCAGGUUUUCAAGUAUACGAUUUAUUAAAUUCUACUUUGGGGCAUCCACGAAAAUAUGAUAAAGAAUUUGGCAAAAACUUAGAUCCAGGAAAAGUUAUUUCUGUGUUCAAAACGUUCUUAAACUUUAACAGUGAGUAUUUAGGUCUAGAAAAAUUAGUUCAAAGUUUUACCGCCCAGUUGGAUCAUAUAAGACGAUACUUCCAAACUCAAAAACAUUACCACUUUUAUUCAAGUUCAGUGUUGUUGGCAUAUGAUGCAGAAACAUUAACCAACAAUGAAGACACUUACCCUUUGUUAAGAGUAUCAUUAAUAGAUUUUGCACAUGUAACACCAGCUAAUGGUCAAAUAGAUCUUAACUAUUUACAAGGUAUUACUAAUUUAUGGACAUUAUUCCGGACACAAUUGCUGCAAAACAAUUGAUUUGAAUCUCUUCAGGUUGUUGGUGCCUAUUAAUUCUUAAAUUUUAAUAUUUUUAGUUAAAAUUUUUAGCAUAACUUCUUGAAUUUCACAUUUAUUUUUUA